CAAGCUGCUGUGUGAUUAUUGUUGACAUUCUGCCAUACAGGUCUGCCCGUGCGGAGAGAAAUAAGAGCUUAACACCACCGCUUUGAGACCAUGCACUCAAAGAGCAAACCAGUGUAAUGUCUUUAUUUGCGGUCUCUUAUAUUAGCCAACGAACAAAUCCGUCAGUUGCACAGGUGCUGCACCUCUCGGAAUGAAAGAUGCUGCUCUCUCUGGGGAUGCUGAUGCUGUCUGCCACCCAGAUCUACACCAUCUUCACUGUGCAGCUCUUCGCUUUCCUCAACCUGCUGCCUGUGGAGGCUGACAUUUCCGCUUACUCAUUCGACAACAAAACGGAGACCUUCGAUGACCUGCCAGCACGGUUUGGGUACAGACUCCCCAGCGAGGGACUGAAGGGUUUCCUGAUCGGGGCCAGGCCCGAGAACGCCUGCGAGCCCAUCGACCCGCCCCCGCAGAGGGACAACGUGAGCAGCGCCUUCAUUGUGCUCAUCAAGCGCUUCGACUGCAACUUCGACGUCAAGGUUCUGAACGCCCAGAAGGCUGGAUACAAGGCGGCCAUUGUUCACAAUGUGGACUCUGAUGACUUAAUCAGCAUGGGAUCCAAUGACUUGGAUGUCCUGAAGCAAAUAGACAUUCCAUCAGUGUUUGUGGGUGAGGAGACAGCCAACUCCCUGAAAGAAGACUACACAUAUGAGAAAGGUGGCCACGUUAUCCUGAUGCCCGACUUCAGCCUGCCACUGGAGUACUACCUGAUCCCGUUCCUCAUCAUCGUGGGAAUCUGCCUCAUCCUCAUCGUCGUUUUCAUGAUCACCAAGUGUGUACAGGACAGACACAGGGCCAGGAGGAGCCGUCUGCGCAAGGACCAGCUGAAGAAGCUGCCCAUUCAUAAAUACAAGAAAGGCGAUGCCUAUGACGUAUGUGCCAUUUGUCUGGAUGAAUAUGAGGAAGGAGACAAGCUCCGGGUCCUGCCCUGCUCUCACGCGUACCACUGUAAGUGCGUGGACCCCUGGCUGACGAAGACGAAGAAGACGUGCCCGGUGUGCAAGCAGAAGGUGGUGCCGUCCCAGGGGGACUCCGACUCGGACACGGACGACAGCAGCCACGAGGACAACGAGGACGACAUGUCGGAGAACACCCCGCUGCUCCGCUCGCUGGCCUCCACCAGCGCCCACUCCUUCGGCACCAUGUCCGGCUCGCUGUCCCACCACGAGCAGGACGCCGAGUCCUCCGAGUACGAGGACGAGGAUGAGAUGGAGAGUGACAGUGACAGCGAGGAGGAGGAGGUCACCGUGGAGACGGUGGUGGUGCAGCUGCAGCAGAGCUGCUCCGGGAGGGGAGAUCCCAACGCCUGACGCCGCCGCCCGCUCACCCGGCGGCCGGCCGAGAGAGCGCAGCGCCGGAUAGAUUCUUCAUUAUCUUUCCCCCGUUGCGCUGCACAUCCUAACACUUGUACAUAUCACAACCUGACACAGGCAGAUUCUGUGCACCCAGUAAUAGGUGUUCCGGUGUCGUACGGUCUUCAGUGUACCGAGGACACUGGUUUCAUGUGUGCAGACUUUAAGAGUGGGCAAAGUACAUGUCGUGCACUUAUGUCGUGUCUGAAGGAAUGAACUUUGUGGAGCUAGUAUCAGGUGCCCUUUGAGGGUCUUUAGGCUGGGGUACUCUAUUCACUGUGAAACGACGUUGAUAUUGCUGAGCUGAGUACAUGCCACGCUUGUCAUACAUUUUUAAGGAAAGCAACAUGUAUAUAUGAUGUAUAGAUCACAAUAUAAAUAUCAAGUCCUCAAACGUAACACUUUCUUUUUAGCCUCAGCUGUAUCUGUAUGGCUCUGCAUCAGAAGAUGGGGCAAGCUUUAGAUGCCCUGGGGAAGGUGUAUCACUUAUAUAGAAUGGCUGUGCAAGUCUUAAUCAAAUACUAUGCAGCCUUUUUGUUAAACUUUAGAAAGUAAUUUGACACACUUUAAACUGGAACCAGGGACAGACAGGAAGUAUACACUGUUUUGUUCGCAUGUGGAAAGGUAAUGUAAUCAAACUCGUCUUUGGGAUGCCACCAGCUAGGAGAAAGAAUGCACUGUGUGCGUUUCAUAAUAAGUUGAUCUCAUGGAAACUUUAGUAGUGAGCAGGCUGGAUUUUUAUUGGUUUUCCAAGCCACACAUCCUUAAUGCUCGAGACUGGCCGGUAUCUCAUCUUAGAUAUCAGAAACUCACAAAAUCUCUCACAAUGUGUAUUUGGUUUGUGUACGAGCACAUUUUAAUAAUGUACUUCCAGUGGAAUUGUUACUUUUUUAACAUGACUCGAACUGUUAACCUGCAUUGUAUGUCAAUACGUUUUGUUGCCUUCCUUUGAAGUCAUUCAUUUAUCAUGUAUUUUUAUGCACACCCCAGACUGUAUUCAAAUUAAAUUUCAUUUUCAAUUCCAUACAUGUGUUAAUGCCUUUUUCAACAGCAUUACACAUUUCUCUAGGAUUUGAAGGUAUUAAUUUGAUCACUGUACUGGACUGUACUCUAUUGUGACAUUCACAAAGGCACAAAGCACUAAUUUGUAUCUGAUUACAAUAUUAUCACAGAAUGUCACAUUACAUCUUUUUCCAAAAUGUAACUUUUGUCAUAAUUAAAGCCCACAGAAUAUUUUAACCCCAUCAGAGAAAGAUAGCAUUUCAUAUAAACCAGUGCAGCAGAUCCUAAACACACCAUUGUUUCCAUACAGCAGGUCUAACACGGAAGCCAGUGUUUGCAGCACAUACACAAGAUUGAAAUACUACAAUUUAAUCAUAUGACACGGUGACCUACUUGUAACGCAGUGUAACACAAAAACAAGCUUCAGGUUCAACUCACUAAAAAGGAGUUCUUUUCUUUAAUGCACAACUUUUGUUCUGCAAGUUGUCCUUGAACAUAAACUAAAAACUUUUCUGCAUUUUUUGUCAAUUGUUCUUGCAUUACAAGUAGCUAUAUACAAGCAAAAACGUAAUGUUUUUACAAUUCUGCAAGUCAUUUCAGACACAAUCAUGAAUUCUUUACUGUUCAAGACACUUUUCCCACCUUAAUUUGUACGUAUGGUAUGUGUGAAUGUUUUUUACUUUAUCAGCAUGUGCUUCAUCACCACUGGUUCAAAAAAGCUUGCUGAUGGUUGUGGAAGCUGUAUGAAAAUCUGCUUUUCAUUCUGAACAAACAAUUCUACACACACUAUCAGAUACUCACGGCUCUCAAAUCUGAAAAGAGCAUGCACCGGACACUAUGAAUAUUAAUUAGGACAUUACCCUGCUUUCAACAUGUGACUAAUGAUUUUUUUUCCAAGACCUCAGGUGUUUAAGAAAUUAGGUAUAUGCACUCUAGACAGUAUCACAAACUUAAAUGAAAAGUCCAGAAUGUAAAAUGAACCAAUUCUGUACCAUGUCUACAGACAGAGUAAAUUCAAAACUAAGCUUGAAAGUCAAGGU